AUGGAUAAUGCAAUACAACAAGCUGAAAACAAUAAUGUUGUUGUUGGACUUAUUGUAAUAUUCGUUCUUAUUGGGUGUAGUUUAUCUGUUGGAUAUUCUAUAGGGAAUAACGCAUGUGAAAAACGUGAAAAGAAUCACUUCCAUCGACAUGAUGAGUCUCGUUUCAAGAAAACAACUAAAUUGUCGACUUUGCCGAAUCGUGUUUCCACAAAAAGCAAUGACUUAGAAACUACGACAUCUCUUAUAUCUAUAACGAACUCUACGACACCAGAAAAAACAACACGUAUAUCAGGAACAAUAGUUCGGACAAGUAACUGUACAAUUAAACAAAGGCCGCCCAUCAAAGUAAAUUUGGAUGGACAGACAUACAGACUGUCUCGACAAUCAGACGGAAAACACUGGCAAUACGACGAAAGUAACCAGCAAUGUGUGUCAGGGAUACCAGGGAUACGGCAACCACUGGAUUCAUUCACAAAGUUCAAAUUCGUCAAAAUGAACGACGGAUCUUACAAAAUUAUGUCUAAAUGUAGAAAAGUAUUUUUGUUUGAUGGCUUUGGUGUUUCUGGUGCUCAUUCCAGAUGUUUGAACGGAAAACAAAAUCCGGACGAUAACCGCAUGCGUUUUAGGGUAACCAUGGAAACACAGAAUCUGUGUAGGAUUCGGACAAAAGCAACAGGUCGCUUUUUGCGGAUGGACGAAGAUCUUCACGUAUCGUCAAUAAAAAAUAUCAGUGAUUGCAAUUCACUAUUUCGUUUAGAGAAAGUACGAUAAAAUGCAUAUGAUGUAUUUAUUUAUAUUUAUCAAUGUGUGAUUAUAGAAAGUAGAACAAAUAGAAAUUUACAUGACGUUAGUUAGACAAGAACCGUUCAACAUAAGACCGAUGGGGAUAUUUCAACUUUACGACAUCACAGUUUCAACUCCACGAAGUCAUAUUUUCAACCUAACCUUUUCACGGGUUCGUAAAUUCACGAUUUGGAAAGGGUUACGCAGUAUGCCAUAUGCAUUUUUUGAAUGGCAUACUACAACAC